ACACUCGUAAUCACUGUUAUUGUUUGUGUGUGUCUCAGCUGCGAGUCGCAUUUUGCAGUUAUUUUUAUCUCGUGGGCGUGUAAUUAAGUUGAUAUCUCCACCAGUCAUUUCUCGGCAUUCUACUUGAGUCUUCUCCUUCCUGCCAUAGUAUCCCAGGAGAGUGAGAGAGAAUCAAGCUGUCAGAAAAAAAAAAAAAACUUAUGACUGAAAUGAAAACAAGUUAAACAGAAGGAAACUGGAGAGCUUAAACUGACAGACUCUUAAGAAAUAAGCACAACUUAAAAGAACAAAUAAAUUAAAAGUAAAAAAAAAAGUUCAUAAAACAGACAGAAGCUGGGUGCAGCACACGGACGCUAGCCAGCCCCCAUACCAGAGUACAAGUCAAGUAUUGGAGGAAGAGGAGGCUCCAAAGUAGGGAAACUGAAAGGGUCACGCAAAGCAGGGGCGGCUGCAGGCGGGUCCAGGAUGAUGCAGCAGCAGCAGACCCAGCACGGGGCCACCAUGACGGGGAUGGCCUCACAGCAAAGCCAGCAAACGCAGCAAGACCCACAGCAGCAGCAGCAACAACAACCGCCGUCACAACAGUCACAGGGACAGCAAACACAGCAGCAACAAACACAGCAACAGACACAGCAACAACAGCAACAGCAGCAACAACAACAGCAACAACAGCAACAGCAACAGCAGCAGCAGCAACAACAGCAGCAGCAGCAACAGCAGCAGCAGCAGCAACAACAGCAGCAGGAGGUUAAGCUGGACAGCAUCAGCCGGGUGAAGAACCAUUAUGGUCAAAUGAAGGAUGCACUGAUGGAGGCUCUCAGUGCAGCAGCAACCAAUGUGGGGAACAACAACCAGGUGGAUCAGGGUAACAGGAAUGCCGGGGAGAUACAGCACGCCAAAUUUGAGGAGAACAUUGAGAAGUUCUACACACUCUGUGACCAAAUGGAGCUGAACCUUAGAACUGCCAUUGACAGCCAGCUCCAGGCCAAGGCAUCCCAACUCAACACACCAAACUCCAUCAACACUCCGCCCGUUGAGGUGCAGAAAUAUGUGCAGUACCUUGGCACAGUCAGGAACCAGGUGGUGUUUGCCAAGGACAUCCAUACAGCGCUGGUGGACGCCGCCCGCAUGACCACCAGUGCCAUGACCACCAUGGAGAAUGCCAAUUGAUCUCUGGGCUUUCAUAGUUCCUUCUAGGUGUUUUUUAUCACAGGACUCGCCUUUGUGUCUUGCUCAUCCUGGUGUUAGUUGGUGGAAGGUGUGGUUAAGGCAUUAUCAUUUUGUGUAAUAUCCUUGUUUUUGCUUGUGGGAGGCAGAUUUUAUGUGUGAUUGGACCCUCAUCUGUGCAAUCUCUCUCUCUCUCUCUCUGUUCCUCUUUCUAGCAGAGAACUUCCUUAAACAACUCAAGUCCAUCCAGCAAAACUCUUGUAAAACUUUAAAUUCUUGUCUUAUCUUUUUGUCCUUCUUCAUAUAGCAAAUCAAAUUUUGUGCCUUGUCUUCAUUUCUGUCUUGAGCUUCAUGUCUUGACCUUUCUUCAGACACCCACUCAAAAUUCCCAUCCUGUCUCUCUAUUUAUCUUGGGUCACACAUGUCUUGCCCUUCAUUCAGACUCAAUCAAAAAUCCAUCCUUGUUUCUUUUUCCUUUUCAUGUAUCCUGGGCCACACACCUCAAGUCACACAUAUUGAACUGUCUUGGGUGUCUGCCUCAACGUGCACACACACACUGAGUACUUCUUAUACACUCUGGAAAAGUCAGGUUGUGGAGGAGACACUACAGCUAACAUGAGGAUGAGUGACACAGUAUGAGGUCUUGCUGUAUUAGUAUCCAAAAUGUGUAUGUCUGUUUAUGUGUUUGUGUGGAUGAAGUGACCAGAAAAGUAAUAAUAGGCAUGAUAAGAAUGUAAGGAAAGCUGCAAGAACAGGCACUGAGUAAAUGAACAAGUAUUUCUGUAAUAUCUAUGAGAGAAAAGUAUUGGUCAUCCAUGCAUCUGUCACCUCAUUUACAGCUUAUGAUUGCUUGAAAUGAAACAGUUUCUUCCCUUCUUUAUUCAACUUUUCACUAAGGUCCCUACAUUAUGCUGGUGGCUGGAAGCAGUAAAGGGUAAAAGGAAGUAGAAAGCCACUCAGAAUUGGGACUUGAAAUAUCUAUAACUCUCUUCCCUUCUUUGGUCACUUGUUGGCUCCCUGUGGUGUGUUAGCUGUUGGAAGCACUGAGGAGUAAAAGACACGAGUGACAUUUUAUACCAGAGAGUUGGGAGGUCAUGAAAUAUUUGUACCAGAGAAAUGAGACUUAGUGAAAUAUGUAUACAAAGAGAAAUAGCUACAUUAGUGAAGUAAAGGGGAAAUGUUUAGAUAUUUUAUAGAAAAUUAAAAGGGUUAGAUAAGCUUGAUUUUUCUGUAUAUAUUUAUGUAGCAUAGAUCAUCAGUGAGAAAUCAGAAUUUAAUCUUGUAAUAUUUUUUUAUGUAGGAUAAGUGAGGAAAAUUUCUCAAGGUAAAAUUAUAUAUUUGUAAGUAAAAGCUAUACUGCCAUUUUAGGGAAAGUUGGAUUAUAGUCAAGUUAUCAAUGGUAGAGAGAUAAUUAUAGAGAUCUUUGAUAAUCAUAGAGAGGAUUAGCAAAUAAUGUAUUAGAUUGAUGGUAAGACACUGAGUUAGGAUGCAGUAAUGUUCCAUCUAGGUGUUAAGUCAGGUGUAGGUAGUGUAAGCAAAACCUGCUCACACUGAGGACUCUUAAAGUAAAGUACUGUAGGAAGUCUCUCUCUCUCUCUCUCUCUCUCUCUCUCUCUCUCUCUCUCUCUCUCUCUCUCUCUCUCUCUCAAAAUACAUCUCUAGCUGUGUGUGUGUGUGUGUGUGUGUGUUAUGGAAUGGAAGCUAACAAUGAACUUUAAUGUGAGGGCUCUUGUCAUGAAUGGCUGAGGAACACAAAUAGUUGAGUGGGAGCGAAGCCUGUGUAAUUUCUCUCCAAACUAAUAAAUGUUAUUGGAGAAGAUACGCUUUUUUAGGUUUACAUCCCCCAGUAUGCUUGAAAUAUCACGGAAAACCCAUGCAAGCCCUUAUCUUUCACUCUCUUUAAAGGACACUGAAAAGGGCGGUAAAUCAAAUAAUAAUGCCAUUCUACCAAGUCUGUUAUCUUUAUAUGAUAUUGCUCAGCCUCAAUCAACCCCGUCUAUAUAUUAUGGUUCUUAUUAUCACACUCGACUUCCUUAACCCCAUGUCCCUUUGCUCUCAGUAAUUUCCAGUUUAUCACAUUAAUUGAAUUCUAUUUCGUUCCUCUCAUCAAACUGCUCUCCACAAUGCCACGUCUCAACCUGUUUCUCUCAACAGCAACGACUUUCAAGAGCUUAUUUUGUAAUUUAAUCUAGUUUUUCUCAUCAAACUCUUUUCCACAAUUCCAAGUCUUACUUCAAGCUUCUUUCACCACCACCAACUUUCCGCUGGUAUCUUUUCACUUCGUCACCCAACACUCUCCCUCCACCACACCCCGUGAUCUCAAAAUUGCUGGGCCACGUGCUAUAUCCAUGUUUAUUCACAUAGGAAUAUUGAUAUAGGAUACAAUAUGAUUUACAGGAAUAUGCAAUAUAUAAAUACCUUGUGGAUUCCUUCAAACCUUCACGCAGUUCAUCUUCAGUUCAUCAUUUACUCGCUUGCAAAAUAAAAAUAAAAAUUCACAAAAAUUUAAGUCACCCCUGAAAACUGGCUUACAAAGAGCAUGGAGCAGCACAGCCGAUGACGAUAUUGAAUAAAGGGGAGUCACGGAAUCCCUAUUACAUGUCAUACGAGUCCAGGGAAUCAUUACAAUACCCUCAUCACAAGCAACACUGCCACUACAAUAAGACAAUGCAGGAUAACACAAACCCUCUAGGCGGGGCGGCGCGCAAGCCAGGGGAGCCACCUGCCACAAUGAUCACGGGUACAAUUUCGGGCUGCCUCUUCAAAGCUCCUAUAUAUGGAAAUUUGAACAGUUACAUAGAAAACGCAAUAUAACUGCAGAUGAAAGGCACAAAGAACAAGAUGCUAGGGACACAAUUUUGACAUUGCACCUUUAAGCCGAAACAAUCAAGCCUCCCGCGAUAAAAAUGAAAUCUUCCUAGCACCUUACAAGCUACAUUACUCUGGCCGCCAAGCGUCACCUCGCCACAGUGCAUCCCACACCCUGCCUGCUCCCUGGAAUCCAACAAUUGAAAGAAUAAUGUACAAAUUAAGUUUAUUUCCCUCCAAGAAGCCAGUUGAGAAGAAUACCGUUCUUUCAUUCAUUUUUAUUCUUAUAAAAACCAUACAUCUUAAAGACUAGAUAACACAGUAAACCUAUCAAUGUCUCUAAGAUGCUGGUUACUACUUCUUCUUGAGGGCCUUCUCGGCAGCCUUUGUGGUCUUGCCAGAGGCUUCCUUCUUGUUCACCUCCUUGAUGACACCGACGGCCACCGUCUGCUUCAUGUCACGCACGGCGAAGCGACCCAGAGGGGCGUACUUCUGGAAGGUCUCCACGCACAUGGGCUUGCUGGGCACCAUCUUCACGAUGCAAGAGUCACCAGACUUGAUCUGCUUGGGGUUGGCUUCAAUCUCCUUACCAGUACGCCUGUCGAUCUUCUGGAUCAGCUCAGCGAACUUGCAGGCGAUAUGUGCAGUGUGGCAGUCCAGCACGGGGGAGUAGCCAGCCUGGAUCUGACCAGGGUGGUUCAGCACGAUCACCUGAGCAGUGAAGUCGCCAGCCUCCUUGGCAGGGUCGUUCUUAGAGUCAGAGGCCACGAAACCUCUCUUCAGCUCCUUGACAGACACGUUCUUCACGUUGAAGCCAACGUUGUCGCCGGGCACGGCCUCAGUCAGGGCCUCGUGGUGCAUCUCCACAGAUUUGACCUCAGUGGUGGGGCCAGUGGGGGCAAAGUUCACGACCAUGCCAGGCUUGAGGAUGCCAGUCUCCACACGGCCCACGGGCACUGUGCCAAUGCCGCCAAUCUUGUAGACAUCCUG